GAAAACUGAAGCGGGAAAUUCGAACGUACUGAUAGUCGCUCGAGGCGUCGCCAAGGUCAAGCCAAGGCGGCGAAUGGCGAUGUGCAAUUGUCAAUCGGAAGGAGGAGUGUAAGGGGCUGUUAAAGAAUGUCCAUUGAUGGUGUUGCCGAAUGAAUGGCGGAGGAGGAUAUGAGAGCACUACUCCUAGGGUUUGUCCGGUGACAGGAGAGAAAGUCAAAGCCGAUUUAAAGACCUUAACGGCGCCGUUUUGGUUUAUCCCCGACAUGAUAAUCUUCCGCGCAUUUGAUUUUCCGAUGCAAAGCUACGGAGAGAGGUAAAGCUCGACUCGUCCGUUUCUUUUUCCUAGAAUAAACUACGUGUAGUUUUUCGCAUCGUAGAACGGGAGGCAGUGUAGAGCAAAUUGGGGACUUGAGGCUGCAGAGCUUGAUAGUGACAGUGUGGGGUCCAGCUACGGUUAACCGAAUUCCAUUUCCUCUAGCGUCACACGCGGUCAUUUACAUACACAUACGUGUCACAAUAUGAGAGGGUUAAUAGUGACACUCUCGUCACAACGGCGUAUCGUUAGCAAUGCUCCGUACAUGCUCCCUCUCCCUCCUGAUCACUGUGAGCUUUUUCCCCUUCUUAUGCUCUCUCAUGGCGGAUUCAUAAAUAUACACGUACAGCUCUUUACACAUUUAUAAACGCAGAUUCUUCUUCUUCUUUUUUUUUUACGACUCGAUUCUCUCUGUUUCUGGGUUGGAGUAUUCUCGUGAGGUGAAGAAGGAUGUUUUACUCUCAUCAGCUCCUAGCUCGAAAAGCUCCGUUAGGUCAGAUAUGGAUGGCUGCCACGUUGCACGCGAAGAUCAAUCGGAAGAAGCUGAACAAGCUCGACAUCAUCCAAAUCUGCGAAGAGAUUCUCAACCCGUCGGUUCCGAUGGCUCUCCGUCUUUCUGGGAUUUUGAUGGGUGGGGUUGUGAUCGUUUACGAGAGGAAAGUAAAGCUCCUAUUCGAUGACGUCACUCGCCUUCUGGUAGAAAUUAAUGGAGCUUGGCGCACAAAAGCUGUUCCGGAUCCUACUUUACUACCUAAAGGACGAACCCACGCCAGGAAAGAGGCUGUUACGUUACCUGAGAAGGACGAAGCUGAUUUUGGGGAUUUCGAACAGACUCGUAGUCAGUUACCCAAAUUCCCCAAUUUCAUGGACUUUCAGCAGUCUUACAUCUCCAUGAGGUUAGAUGAACCCAAUGUCAACGAUAUCCCCGAGCAAGAGGAUCUCCAUCAAGCUGCUGCCGAGAAUAUCACACUCUUCGAGUAUCAUGCUUCAUACCAGACUAACACUGAGACGUAUGAUCGCUUUGAAAGAUUUGACAUCGAAGGAGAUGAUGAAACUCAGUUGAACUUUAAUUCAAGAGAAGGCGCUCAAAUACCUCCAACUCUGAUCCCAUCACCACCUCGUCAUCAUGAUUUUGCUGAAGGAGGCAAUCCCACAAGCCCUCAGCCCCAGGAGCAACAAGAGCGCGGUAGGGAUGUAUUUGCUGAGCAGACGGGGGAGCAAAACAUACCGGACAGAGAGGACCAAGAUAUACCACGGCCAACAAAAAAAAGAGCAAGAAGGACAGCUACUUCAGCCAUGGAUUAUGAGCAGACUAUUAUCGCUGGUAAUCAAUACCAGUCAUGGCUUCAGGAUACUUCUCACAUUCUCCUGAGGGGAAAAAAGAGAAAGGCUCGAGGACCCGCCAGCCCAAGUUUUGAGGUUACUAAACGUAUGAAGAUGCCACUUACACAACUCUUUGAAGAGCAUGUGGACGGUUCUUACCCACCUCAGCUCAUGGAGCUUUGGUCAAAAUGCACUCACCCUCUUCAAGCCACUACAUCUGAAACUGGACGUCCUGAUCUCUCCGGUGAACAAUCUCCAGGGUUUGUCCAGGAGAGAAUGCAAGACCACCAUCAAACAGACCAUCAUCAGGGCACUGAGACAAGCUUCCAAAAUCUUGGUAGUCCUGCAGAAAGACUUCGGAACGUUCUUGCUGAGAAAGAUGGUUCAAUAGAAGGCCUGAUGGCUAAAUCUCGAGCAAGCGCUGAGAAUAAUAACCGCCAGGCUGCUGCUGAUAUUAGCGUUACACCAUUAUAUUCUGGAGAUGACGUGAGAUCCAUGCCUAGCAGCACACCAUCCGCACGUGGGGCAGCUUCCAUUAACAUAGAGAUCAACUCUAACAGUCGCAGGCUCACCAGAAAAAGGCAACAUUCCUCACCAAGAAGAGGACUCGAACCAGUAGCGGAAGACAGGACGUGGGAGCACCGUGCUUAUGACUUUGAGUUUUCAAUGUUACCUGAAAAGGGGGGCUUCACAGCUGAUAACGAAGUACUAGCUGAGACUGGACCUACACAAACUCAAAAGCCAGUGACCACUCACACAGACGAGAAGAUAACUGAUAGCAUCAAAAGCCACCUCAAGACGCACUUUGAAACACCUGGAGCUCCUCAAGUGGAAUCUCUUAACAAGCUCGCUGUUGGAAUGAAAAGAAACGCUGCAGCUCAACUCUUCUACCAAUCCUGUGUGCUAGCCACUCGCGGAGUCAUAAAGGUGGAGCAAACACAGCCUUAUGGGGACAUUCUCAUAGCACGAGGACCCAAUAUGUAAGCAGGCUUUGAUACUUGAGAUAAAAGGUUAUUUAGUUGUUUUGCUUUUCAUAUUUAAGCAGAGAGAGAGUCCCAUAGACUUCAAAAAUUAUAACGGCUUAAUACUUUUCAUGAGACAUAAUCUAAUUAAUUUUAUAAGACUUUUUCCCUGGUUAGUUCA